AUGGCAAGGAAAUCAGAGAUAUUACCGACGGAUUCAAUAUCAAGAAGAUCGACAUUUCAUAUAUCACGACCAUCAUCAUCAUCAUCUUCUUCUUCUACAACAACAACCACUGAUACCGCAUCAUCAAUAAAAUCAACAAAUGAAGAAUCAUUAAUUCAAACUCUUCGUGAACAAAACAGAAUCUUAGCACAAAGAAAUGCAAUAUAUUCAGCUAAAAUAACCGAAUUAGAAAAUAAAUUGGAUGACUCAAAUUCACAAAUUAAUAAAUUAAAAGAUACAGUGAAUUCAUUAAUUAAUUCAAUGGAAUUAAAAAUUAAUAAUGAUUUUCAAGAUUCUUUACGAUUCAUUCAAAACUUGCGACUGGAACAUAGAUUAGAGUUUCAAGAUAGUCUGUUUGGUAAUAGAGUUAGUGUAUCAAGUGGGAACAGUAGAAGAAGUACUAGUAGUGGUGGUGCUAUGUUGUCCUCACUGAGAUUUAGCAUCGAAUCAACUAAAAGUUUUGAACUUCCUCAAUAUUUCAAAAGAAAAGAUCAGGAUGAUGAUGAUGAUAGUGGUAAAAAUGAUCAAAAAAGUAACAAUGGUGAUGUUUCAACUAUUUUGGAAUUACUGGAACUGAGUCAUAAUGAAGAAGAGCAAAAUAAGGUGGUAGAAGAAGUUUCUCAUAAAAAUCCAAUUGUCAAUUACUCUUAUUCACUGUUUACUGAAACUUCUAAAGAAGAUGAUAAGCAAGAGAAAUCAAAAAGAUCUCAACGUAAGGCUACUUUUUCUCAACCCCCAUCAUUACCACCACCAUCGCAAUUGUCAUCACUGGAAGAUAUUCAAAGCAUUGAAUCACUAGUAAAGAGCCCAACCCCAGAAUUAAAACAAGAACCAGUUGAUUCACCACCGAGACGACCUACAAGAGCAAGAAAGGAAGUUAGUUAUAAACCAUUAUCAUUGAAUGCUAAAAUGAGAAGAGAAUCAGUUAAAAUGUUGGAUGCAGUUGGAGAAAAUGUGUUGAUUAAUUAUUCAGUCAAAAAAUCUAAUCAAAAAGAUACCAAUGACAAUGAGUCAAAAUCAACCAAAAGAAAACCAUUAAAAAAUAUAACAAAUUCUAAUAAUGCUUCAAAAAAACGUAAAUCACUUGCUACUACACCCACACCUAAUUUAAGUUCAAACUCAGAUUUGUCAGUUUUUGAUUUCGAUGAAAUUGAUGUUAAACCAAAAAGAACUCGUAGAUAUACCACCAUUGGAUAG